AGGUGGACCGCAGCAGACACAGACGGGGUGGAACAGACCCGGUCUGCACAUGCCAGCAGCGACUUAAACCAGCUGAACCGACCUCAGACAGAGAGGGGAAACAGCCUACAGCACUAACAACAAGCUGCAAGAGGGUUUGAAGAUGAGUUCCAGAGUGUCAGCUGAUCUAGAGAAACAGGAGGAGGAGGAGGAGGAAGAAGAAGAAGAAAAAGAAGAGGAGAGUGUCAACCCGACAGUGGUGAAAAUGAGUCAGAUAGUAAUGCCCUGUCACUGCAACCAUCGACAGGAGCUGAGUGUGGGACAGCUGCUCAAAUGGAUAGACUCCGCUGCCUGUCUUUCUGCUGAGAGGCAUGCUGUGUGUCCCUGCGUCACUGCCUCCAUGGAUGACAUCCACUUUGAGCACACCAUCAGUGUGGGCCAGGUGGUGAACAUCAAGGCGAAGGUCAACAGAGCCUUCAAUACCAGCAUGGAGGUGGGCAUACAGGUGAGCUGUGAGGACCUGUUCUCUGAUCGUCACUGGAGGGUUUGUCACGCCUACGCCACCUUUGUUACGCAGCGCACAAACACAGGAAAAAAGGUGACCUUGAAGCCCAUUGUGCCUCACACUCAGAAAGAGCAGGUUGAAUACAGCGUGGCGGCUGAGAGACGACGGGUCAGGAUGGUACACGAUGACAUCAUCAAGGACCUGGUCUCCCAUGGGUCGAUCCAGCAGGCUGACAACUUGGCAGUGGACAAUGCGGUGGCAGCAGAGAAGACCAAGGUGGAGAGUGUUGAACUGGUUCUUCCCCCACACGCUAAUCAUCAGGUGAAUACAUUUGGAGGACAGAUCAUGGCCUGGAUGGUGAAUGUAGCUACAAUUGCAGCCAGUCGUCUGUGUCAGGCUCACCCGACUCUGCGGACCAUCGACAUGUUCACCUUCAGAGGACCUUCUCAGGUUGGAGACAGACUGCUGCUGAGGGCUAUAGUCAACAACGCCUUCAAAAACAGCAUUGAGGUGGGGGUGCGUGCAGAGGCCUACCAAGAGGAGGGACCUAACCGGCACAUAAACUCCGCCUUCAUGAUCUUUGAGGUGCUUGACAAGCACGGGAAGCCAUGUACGUUACCACGGAUACGACCCGAACCCCUGGAAGGGGAGAGGCGGUUUCAAGAAGCCACAGCCAGGAAGAAGAUCAGAUUGGACAGAAAGUACAUCAUUUCCCGAAAGCAGGGUGAGGUCCCUCUGUCUGUGCCCUGGGACCCCAGAAACCAGGUGUAUCUGAGCUAUAACAAUGUUUCAGCUCUGAAGAUGCUGGCUGCGAAGAACAACUGGCGCCUCAGCUCUGAGAAAGACGAGGUUCGUCUUUACACCUUGGAGCAGAAGUCCAUGUUGAGCUUCAGGGUGGAGGCGGAGGUGGAUGUUCCUGCUCACAGAGCCUUUUGCCUGCUGGCAGAGCUGAGCAACAGGCCGUGCUGGGACACCCAUUAUCAGAAAUGUGAGCUGAUUCACCGGGUGGACGAUGAUGACUUCCUGUAUCGUGUGGUGACUCCAUCAGUGCGUCAAGGGGGAGUAGGUUCCCCAACUUCAGCCGGUCAGGGAGAAGGGAUUCUCCAGGACUUCAUCUUGUUGGCUUCCCAGAGGAAGCCGUGUGGCAGCGGAGAUCCAUACAUCAUCGCUCUGCGUUCAGUGUCCCUUCCCACUCACCCUCCCACUGAAGGAUAUAACAGAGGAGAGGUUCUGUGCGCUGGAUUUACCAUACUGGAGGCCAAAAACAACAUGUCACUGAUCAGUUACUAUAACCAGGCUUCUCCAGAGGUUCUUCCCUACAUUUCCACAGAUAUUGCUGGACUCUCUUCCUCUUUCUACCACACCUUCUGCUCCUGCAGCCAAUACCUGACCAGGAACAGACUGCAGUCUGUCUCCAAGGAGCAAACCAGCCAAUAUCAGGCCACGAAUACAGACAGUCCCACCUGUGACACUGAAACUGACAGUCUGUUUGUGGCCCUCGACAGCACCCAGCUGUAAACAGUCAGUGGUACUUUACAGGCAUCACAAAGGGUACAGUGAGGUCUAGAUGCUGUUCAAACGACAUGGUACUAUUAACACUGUCACAAGUGUUCACGGUGAGCAAAAGAUAUUUGCAUACACAGACCUGUAUUCAAAAUAAAUGCUCAUUCAAUCGUAUGUUUGGACACAAACGCAAAACAUUGCAGUCUAUGUCACCAAUGGUCAGUUAAUCAGAUUUUGUAUUUGUAUAAAUGUAAGGUGAAGGUUCAUUUAAUAAUGAAUCUAAUCAAGUGUGGGAUUUAUUUUGAGAGACACUAACAGCAGCAUUAAAGCUGCAGUGCAGGACUUUUACAUAUAGGUAAAUGAACGUCAGUUUCGUUCAAGCCUUUUAGGCUCAUCAGCAUCAGAUACAUCUCUCUGUAUUUCCUAGUACACUGGAGUUUUUACAUCUGGUGUCUGUGGCAUCAUUCCUGUGCUGGUGCACCAGUAGUGAUUUUUUUUUUUUUAAAAUCAACUAGCAGUGACUGGUUUGCAAGACCUUAAGGGGGAGCAACUGCAGCAACAGAGUAACCUGCAGCAGUUAACAGUAUGCAUGAGUCUAUGGUGUGUAGAGCAUCUUGACUACCAGAAGAGGGAGACAAGCUCUGCACUGCAGGUUUAAGUGGUGAGAGAGUUGUCUGACUGCAAUAAGCACAAGUUUCUUUAAUAAAUGUACAUGUAAAUAUAAAUAAAGAGGUUUCAUUCAGCGCUUUCA